AUAAUUAUAGUAGUAUCAUAUCCCAGAUAUAUAGUUCAAGAAUGGGGUUAUCCAAUUUCCCGGGCCCCGCCGAAGGAGUCCUGCCGGUGCUGGUGAUGAACACCGUCACAUCCGUGGCGGGGAUCAAGAACACCGUCAGGUCGAUUCUGCAAGUGGUGGGUGCCGCCGGUUUUUACUCCGCCGCCGGCUCCCAAGAAGACGAAGAUCUCCCGGCGGCGGGUCUCGGCGGCGCCAGGCCGCGGAGAGUGUCGAUCACCAACUACGAUUCCCUGUGCAGAAACCGCGCGGAGACUAGCAGCGGCGGCGGUGGCGGCGGCGGCGGCUCUGCGGUGGAGUGCUGCUGCGUGUGCUUGUGUAGAUUUGAAGCGAAGGAGAAGGUGAGCGAGCUUUCUUGCAAGCAUUUCUUCCACACUCGGUGUUUGGACAAGUGGUUCGACAACCACCACACCACCUGCCCUCUCUGUCGUUCAAUGUUGUGAAGGAUUAGAUUAAUUAGGGUUUUUCUUUCUUCCCGGUUUCGUCGCAAUCUUGUCGGAUAGAGAACCGGAAACAUCCUAGGAUAUGAUAGGUUAGCUGUAUAAUAUGUAGUAGUUGUGCUUUGCUCAAACAGACUGCAUGUAUCAUAUCAACCAAAUUUACAUGUCGUGUGACAGGAGUAUUAGUUACCAUUAACCUC